AUGCAAAAAGCCCUUGUCCUCUCUGAAGUCGGCCAGCCUCUGGUCGAGGUCAACCGUCCCAUUCCCCAACCAGGCCCGGGUGAGCUCCUCGUCAAGCUGACCUCUGUCGGACAAAACAAAGUGAACCCCCAUGAUCAGAAAUCUCGCGACCGCGGCCUCUUCAUCUCCAGCACACCCUACAUCCCCGCGCACGAUCUCGCCGGCGAGAUCAUCGCGCUUGGCCCGGGGCCCUCCCGCUUCACGCCGGGCCAACACAUCUUCGCGCAGAGCCGGCUACCACUAAACGGAGCCCUCAACGACUUCAACGGCCUGCAGCAGUACGCGCUCGUGGACGCCAAGUAUGCGGCGCCCGUGGCGGACACGCACCUCAGCGACGACGAAGCCGCCACGAUGCCCGUCAACGCGGCGACGGGCUUCGUCGUCUUCUUCCACGCGAGCGGCUUCGGCCUCCCUCUCGACCACACCGUCGACCACUCGCGCAGCCAGCUCGUCGUCAUCGGCGGCGCGACCAACUGCGGCCGGCUGGCGAUUCAGCUCGCCCGCUGGCUGGGGUUCGGGGUGAUUGUGGCGGUGGCGGGGCCCGGGGCGCACGACGAGCUGCGUGAGCUCGGGGCGACGCAUGUGGUGGACCGGCAUGCGGGGGACACGGAGGUGCUGGCGCGCGUGAAGGCGAUCGUCGGCGAUGAGCUGGUGUAUGCGCUGGAUGCGUUCAACUACGGGCCGCGGCAAGAGCUCGGGGUCGCGGUGUUGUCGGACUCGCGGCGCGGGACACUGGUGACGCUGGCGCCGGCGGUCGGGGAGAUCGAUGCGGCGCGCGUGGGGGAGAAGAGGGCGGGUUAUGAACGGCGGUUCAUCCGGGGGUCGUGUGCGGUGCAUCCGGACGAGUUUACGGGGUUGUUCUGGGAGAGGAUUGCCGGGUGGUUGAGGGAGGGCGUGCUGCGGCCAAGCACAUAUCGGGUGAUUGACGGGUUGGAUGCGGAUGCGAUCAAUGCUGCGCUGGAUGAGUAUCGUGAGGGCAAGGGGAUGAAGGUGCAGGUGCAUCCGAAUGUCAACGUGGAGUAG